AUGACACCCGCACGAGUGGCAGCCUGGCUCGGCCUUCUCGCCCUCCCAACCGCGGCGCAGUACCACCUGAUCGGGCUCGGAUACCUGCCGUACGACCCCCUCUUCGCCGAGUCCUGCCUCCGGUCCCUGUCGACCUACACCCUGGGCUGCACGCCGGAGAUGGACAUGGCCGGCGGGCACGCCGGGCACGCCAUGUCCAUGACGCCGCCCGAGUGCUUUGCGGCCGACGACGCCUUCCUCACGUCGGUGGCCUGGUGCCUGCACUCCAAGUGUGCCGACUCUGGCGUGCCGGCGUCCAAGCUGGAGUCUUUCUGGGAGCAGUUUGUCACGGGGAGCGCGGGCAGGCUGCCGGCCAAGUGGACCUACUCGGAGGCGCUGGCGGCCGUCGAUCCCAGGCCGCCCUCGCGGCAGCCCGAUGCGUCGGACUGCGAGCUGAACGUGACGUCCGUCGUCAACCCUGUGGUCUACCUGAUGCAGUGGAACGUCCUGGGGGCCGUGGUUGACGAGUCCAAAACGGAGUCCAAGUAUAGCCUAGUUAUAAUUCUUGUCGCCGUCGCCUCUCCCGUUUUGCUUACCCGCUUCGGCUUCCCGCCUCUCGUAGCUCCUUUGAUGGACAAGCCGUUUUCAUCGUCGUCGGCUGCUAGUAUCACCUUUUGGGUGAGCCCGCGUGACCGAACUCGGCGACGGCUACGUGCGCGUCGACAUCCCGGGCGUCCACUGGGAUCCGGCCCCAGGUGGUCACGUUUACGUCCACUUUCCAACCCUCGACUGCCUGCGGCCGUGGGAGAGCCAUCCGUUUACGGUCAUGCCGAGCGCCCGGCUACCUCCGCCAGGAUCCCGGCGGUCCCGGCGGGGCGGGCGGCGAUUGAAGAGCUGGCGGACGAGGAGAGGCAGAUGAUUGGCGGCGAGACCAAGUCGGCGGCGUUGGGCCAUACGGCGCGGCACGAGGACAGCAACAACAUGGCGCCGGCAUCUGCGACAGGUCUCACGCUCUUCAUAAAAAAGGGCGCCGGCAUCACGAGACACCUUGCGCCACAGGACGGCCUACUAGCUCUCCUCGACGGGCCUUACUACUCCAACGGGCGCGCCUCGAAUAUCCUGCGGUGCGACCGCGUCCUGGUCGUCGCGGGUGGCAUCGGCAUCACGGGUACGCUGCCCUGGAUCUACCAGCACCCCAACGUCAAGCUCGCCUGGAGCGUGGCCGAGUCGGCGCGGUGUCUGGUCGAGGCGCUUGACCUGGACGCCGCGCCCGAGAAGGAGGUCAAGAUCGGGUCCAGGCUCGACGUGCGCGAGCUGGUGGCGCGCGAGGCCGAGGCCGGCUGGGCCGGGAUCGGGAUCGUGGUCGCAGGGCCGGGGGGCCUUUGCGACGACGUCAGGGCGGCUGUGGCCGAGGCAGGGAGGCAGGGGCGGGCAGUGUUUGAGCUGGAGGUUGAUGCGUAUUCGUGGCGAUGCAAGUUUGUGACUGGAUCCUGA